UUUUAGAUAAACCUUGCAAACCUUCUCGAGUAGUAAGAUGGGUGCUAUAGGAAUUCUAACAUUAGUUCUGUGUGCAAUAUUUCCGCAACAACUCACUUCACUGGAAUACAAGCUGAAAAAUAAGACAUGUGACCCGGCAUGGCUCAAGUACAAAGGAAGCUGUUACCUUUUCAGUAAUAAUGCCAACACUUGGAUAAAUGCUGAGCGUGAAUGUAGACAGGAGUCAAGUAAUCUGGUAAAAAUUGAAAGCGCCUCAGAAAAUAAUUGGAUAAAACGACAGGCUAGAGUCACAAAUAAACAACGAUGGAUAGGCGCACGUGAGGUUAAUGGACAAUGGGAAUGGGUGUCCGAUUUAUCUCCACUGACCUUUACUUCAUGGGGUGUAAAUGAACCAAAUAGUGCAAAGGAAAACUGCGCUCAUAUUAAUCAGGUCACUUCAUACACCUGGAAUGAUUCUAAAUGUACCAAGCGUUUCAACUUUAUUUGUGAAAAACCAGCUGGACAGUAACACAAUUUUGUAUAAAACAACAACUAGUCACUGAAGCAACCUGAAAUUUAUACUUAUGAUAUUUUUAUAGAUAUUUAUUUAUAUUUUGUAUACUGCAAAUCAUGAAUUUACGAAAAAUAAAGAAAUGUUUUUUUUUA